AUGAGUAUCGAAGAGCUCAGUCGGUAUGCACCAGAAAUGUGUGACCUCUUGGGAGAUGAUAGAGAGAAAAGACGUCAGGCUCGUAAUCAUCUUCAAAAAGGAUAUAAAUUUAGCAAAGAACUAGGAUUAGAAGCUAAAGUGAAUAUAAGCCUAGUAUUUGAGAACACCUCAGAAGGCGAGACUAUUAGAGAAAUAGCUCAGCGUAUUGUUCAAGAUAAUCUUAAUAAAAGAAAUGUAAAAGCGAUAUCUAGAACCUUAGCUAAAACUACCUCUGAUCCUAUCGUUGCCUCAUCACGUCUCUCCAGGCUUCAAAGAGAAUUGCGGACCCUCAAUGCUUCAGAAAAAAUAAUCUCUGCUACCAAGAUUCUGGAGAUAAUCAGAGCAUCUAAUAAAAUCCAACAGAAGCGUACUGAGCAACAUAAAAAUGAAGGACUUCAUUAUCUGGACUACUUCUCGUUAGAAUUAGUUAAGGAACGGCUAGAUUUAUAUGUUGUAUCUAACACACCCGAUAAACAGACUCUAGCUGAUGAUGUUCCUUGGGUGUUUAGAUCACUGAAAAAAAAUGAGGAGCGAGCAAAACAAUUGCUUACAUGGAUUCAGGAAGCAAUCGUUUUCAGAGUGUUAAAAGAUCCAGGAAAGCCUAGAUCAACAUACUUAAGUUCAUUUCUAAAAAAAGAUAAAUAUAUUCUUAAACCUUAUGAGCCAUUACUCCCUAGUUCCUUGCGCAAAUUAGGGGCGGUAUUUGCUUCUGUAGUGCAUGGGCCUAAAAAUCUGUCAAAAGCUAAUACUUAUGCCAGUGAAGCCUUUCGACAUUUGCCUGAUAACCAUGCUUCUCCAUCUGAUAAAUAUACUAUAGUUAAUUUUAGAAGGAAAAGACAACCUUAUGAUCAAGCAAAACCAUUCUGGAUUUCUGAUGAAAACUAA